UGGAGCGAAGCGGAGAAGGGCGUGUAGUUUUACUGAGCAGCCGAGCAGAAAAGUCCCGCAGUCGCGCGGAGACGGAGUGAGAGGUGCACGCGCUCGGACCAAACGACGGUGUGACGACGCGAGAUUAUAGAGAUAUUUAGAGAUAUUUUCUUAAACCAUCAUAAACUUAUCGAGGCAGCAUUAAAUUAGAGAUUGUCGUGCUGUCAUCAUUGCGUGGCGCAUUUUGGAUUACAUGGCCGUGGCGCUGUUGCACGCGGAGCCGGUGGAUCUCGCGCUCGGAGUGGAGUGAACUGCGCUGACGCUCGCGCGAGUGACGGAUCGCCGCCUGCACGGUUGUCCUACAGAGACUUCCCCCACGCAAGGGCCACUUUCCAGUGUGGACUAUGUUAAAUGUGAAAACCUUCCAGCUCUGAUACCCCUAAUCAGAUUAUGAAGAUUUCCCACUCCUGCGUCAAUGACAGGUAAGAUGGAAACACCCUUCUACCACGAUGAUACGCCGAGCGUUCCAAACUUUGGGCAACUUCCAGACUACGAUCGCUAUCAAAGCCACAAGAUGAUGAGUAAGAAGAACAUGGCCGUGCACAAUUUCCCCGGAGCAGUGGGAGGCACGCCAGGCCUGAAGCUGUUGCAGAGCCAGGCUGGGAGCAGCGUCAACCCGAGCCUGGGCAUGAACAGCAACCCGAACACCUCUCUGAUGUCGCCGUCCGACAUGAACCUCUUGAAACUCUCCAAUCCUGAGCUGGAGCACUUGAUCAUCCAGUCUAACCAGGGACUGGUCACGACAAGCCCGGCGCCUAACUCUUCCACUAACGCUUUCAUAUACAGGAACCAGGCCACAAACGAGCAGGAAGGCUUCGCAGACGGUUUCGUCAAAGCUCUGGCAGAUCUGCACAAACAGAACCAGUUGGUCGGGGCUCCCAUAUCUCCAUCAUCCUCCAUUCAGGGUCCGUAUCAAAGGAACCUCAUGUCGAGCACAGAGAUGCCGAUCUACACCAACUUGAGCAGUUAUAAUCCCAACCAGCUCCCUACAUCAUACCCUGGAGGACAGAUCCCCUACACCUCGGCUCAUGCUACUGCCCACUCCAGCCAGGGGCAAGGUCAUCACCCUCAUGGUCGAGGUCUUGAUGCCCCUCAGACCGUUCCAGAGGUUCCUCACCCCCCUGGAGGAGAUCCGACCGGUUCUCCGCCUUCCCUCUCUCCUAUCGACCUCGAGACCCAGGAGAGAAUCAAGGCUGAGCGGAAGAAGCUGCGGAAUCGCAUCGCGGCCUCCAAGUGCCGCAAGAGGAAGCUGGAGCGCAUUUCACGCCUGGAGGAGAAGGUGAAGGUGCUGAAGACGCAGAACUCUGACCUGGCAUCCACCGCCAGCAUCUUGCGCGAGCAGGUCGCGCAGCUCAAACAGAAAGUCAUGAACCACGUGACCAACGGCUGUCAGAUCGCAGUCGGAUCAGCCAGCAUGGCCAAGAGCAGCGAGAGCGCCAGCUGCUGAAGGUGCUUUUUAUUUCCUUCGCUCUGAACUCUCAAUUUCCCUUCUGCUACUUCAUGUCGCUGUGAAAGAUGAACAGCGAAUACCGGAGAAUGGCAGAAAGAGAACGGAAACCUCGUCCCGACUGACACGGAAACUCGCAGACACCUCUCAGAGAGAGUGCAGAAAAAAAAAAAAAAAACAGCAACUUGUCAGAGUGAUCUCUUAGCUGUGAUCUCUGGCCACAAGAAAUCAUUCUCUCCUCGCAUACAGACUGCGAUUGAAAAGGGAAGAUGCCUCUUCGCACUUACAAGCCGUUUCUCAUUUGACUGCACUUUGUACUCGAACUCCAUCGGGUUAAUAAGGAGCGAGAGCCUGGCUCACAGCAAUACUAACCAAACCCAACGUGUGGGACGACGACUCAAACGGAAACAACAAACGUAGCGCGGAUCGACCUUAGGACACGAACGUGACUCACAGAUGGGAUUCCUUCGAAUUAAAAAAAAAAUUAAUCUCCCCUGAGGAUGAGCAGCUUGUGAUAAAAAAAAAAAAAAGCGAUUUUACACUUCACUGGGAUGGGAGUACAGUAUCUCUUACAGUUGCAGGGUAACUUUUUUUUUUCAACAACAUGCACUAUUCUGCAAAUCUGAACUUUUCUAUAUUAAGACAAACAAACCUACAGUGACCCGGCUACAUGAGCGAAAUUUCUGUUGUGCCGUUCCUCUGUUCCUGAUUGAAGGUGUCUGCACAUAAAUGAAAUACACCAUUCAUAUUAAUAUUAAAUAUGUCAAAAGUGUUGUAGUUAAGUGGAGACUUACUUGUUGCAGUCCAGUCUAAGUGAUAUACAUUGAAGCCUAUUUGUACAUUCGUCGGUUUGUUUGAUAUCGUGCAAUUUGUGAAUACAGGAUACAGGAAAAGUUUGCUUUUCUUUUUUUUUUUACAAUCUCUGAGCAACUUUUUUAUAAGUAUUAUUUCAUUGACUGUGUUUAUUACAUGAUGAACAAGAACACACGUUUGGUCCCGUGCAGCACUUCUAACGGCAUCCAUUUUGAGCAACCGAUAAAAUUCCUGAACAUUCCGAGACCUUUUGCACUGUAUUCAGUGGGUUGUGUUUUAACGCCUUGUGGCUGCUCUUUUAAUUUAAACCGCUGAGGCUUUGAGAAAAGGGACGUGUUUCCAUAUGAGGGCUUUGAGCCAGAAAAGGGCUUUCGAUCAAUAAUAAUUUGCAUUUGUUUUUUUUUUUUGUUUUUUUUUUUUUGUAAAAUUUCUGAAACAAUUUAUUUAUGCAAAAACUUUAUCUAUGAUAUUUAUGUUGUUUGUGUAAGAGGACUGUACAGGUUCGAAUACCAGUGUCGUGUUGGAACUUUUGUUUUUGUUUUGUUUUUCGUUUUUGGGGACUACAUAGUUGCACAUAAAAUCGAAACAGUAAACAUUGUCUAAUAUUUAUCCUCUGUGUACAGCGUAAUAUUUUGCCUCUGUUUUUGUUGGGGGGAAAAAAUAAAUAAAACGUUUGGAUUGUUGGUACGAUAUCGAAAAUCAGUCCAGAAAUAGUUUACUUUAUAUCAGCUUUAUAAAGGAUAUUGUUUAUAAAUAAUGAUAAUACAGUGGGAAAGGAAAUUUUUUUCUUGUUGAAAUUGUGUUUUGUUAAGACCAGGCAUGUACCGAUACCUGUAUAAUUGCGUAAGUGGAAAAACUUUCAAAAAUUGUUGAAAAAUUCUUUGGAAAAAACUCUUUUAAAGACAGCUCUUGUCAUGCUAGCUCCUGAAUUAAAUGCAGGAGGGUAUUUUCAAGCAUCUGCUAUAAUACUGUGCAUAAGUAUUGGCACCUGUUUUUAAAUCUGAAAAUUGGCAAGUUUUUCCAAAAUAUUUUGAUAAAAAUCUCUGCAGAUACAAAAGAACACUUUAAGAUACAGCUGUCUUCAUGCUGCCUCUAGAAUUGAGUGCAUGACGAUAUUUUAAAGCAUCAUACGCAAUAAUAUUGUGUACAUUUCAUAAGUAUCGGCACCUGCCUACGCACCACAGCUUGCUUUUCUUUUUUUCCAGGUGAUUGACGCUCACGCAAAGUGAGAACUCUUUAUCACAUUGUUGGUGCACUGAAGUUCUGUCCAACUGCCUUUCCUACUAAACAAACACAUGAAAUCUUUAUUUAUAUAUAUAUAUGUGUCUAUAUUCUUAUCAGUCCGAAUAAGGGUUUGAUCCGAACUGUCGAUUAACCUUUUCCGAGCGUCAAAAGGGAAAUAUUUAUUUUUGAAACUUGAAAACGUUUGUUUUUUUUGUUUUUUGUUUUGUUUUUUGUUUGUUUUUUUUUUUGGAUGGCACAAACUUCUAUUUUUGUACAAAGAAAAUGUUUUAAUGAAGAGUGAGAACAGAACAGUAAAAUGUGCAUACUGUACUUUGGUUCGUAGAUCUUUCCUCAUUCCAGAAAUACUUUAUUUAUUGAGCUGGUAUUAAAUGUUUUUGCGCUUUGAGCAUUUCUGCCUCUUGUGAAGUGAGAUUUCAAGAAGACUCCAGAAAAAAGCCUGUCACGUUUACUAGCACGAAAUCCUGAAGGUUUACGCUAAAGAAGGACUUUGUUUUUUGUCUGAGGAGGCAACUUUACAAACCAUGAUGUGCACUUGAGGCCUUUUAGGACUUUACAGAUAUAAUUGUCGAUAUGAAAUGUACCACUCGUGGCAUUUUCUUGUACCUGAUCUGAUAUUUAUGGCUUUGUAUCCACCAGCCUGGAUGAAAUCGUAAGAAUACGAGAGUUACUUCAUUUAUUUUCACACUAAACUUGUUUGCUAAAGCUGUGAUCAUUCAAGAGGUCGAGAUAUCAGACGUCUUAGAUAUUUGUCCUGAUGUAAGGGUGUGUGUCAGUAACGAUGAUGUUCGCUAUUAUUUCACGCAUGUGACGAGCUCUCUCUGUCUGCCUCACCCUCUAGCCAAAGAUGUCAACACUUUCGUAAGACAGUAUUAGCUUACUCUAACAAAAAAAGAAUGAAAAGUUCAUUUUAAAUUCAUAACAAUAAAAAAAAUCACACUUGUGCAGUGAUGAUGACUGAUAAAAAAUAGUGCUAAUGAAAUAAAGGUUUUUUUGGUUGAUUGUUUUGAGGGGAGCUUUUACCCAUAAGCCCCUGCUCUUUCCGCUUUUCCUCUCUCCCCUCAUGGCCUGAUGGGAAUUGUAGUCUCCGUGCAAUCACAAGACGACGUGACUAAGGGGCGACUUGCCUUGCUUUCGAUUCAUGGUUGUUGCUUUGUUGUUUAAUUUUUUUAUUCGGUUCUGAAUAUUGUUCCUUGUUUUCAUGUUUUUUAAUCAAUAAAGAUGUAGAUUUCUGAACACGCUUUGCUCGUCUCAGGUCUGAUUUCAACUGGAGCUUAUGCAGUUGGGUGCAAAAGUUUGCACACCCUUCAGACAAAACAUGAUUUUUUAUUUAUUUUUUUUUUAAACCAAGACGUUUGGUGUGUAAAGUUUCAUAGAUGUUCCUUAAUUGGUAUGGGUAAUAUAAAUGUUCAAAAAUGGUGGGGAAAAAGUAACUGUUUUUAUGUAUUUCUUUUCAGAUGUUCUUAUGCCUUAUGUUUUGGAUUGUUUUCUUGUCACAGCAUGCACCUACGUUUGAUUGUCGGAUUUUUUUUUUUUAAAGCCAGUACAAAAGUGAUAAAAUACAGUACAGUUUCCUUUUUUCUCCAUUUCAAAACCAAUUGGGGGAUGCUAACUUUUGCACUCAACUGUACACUUGUUACUUGAGCUUUGUUCAUUGUUUCUAAUGUAAAAUGAUAGUUAUUACAGCUUGUAUGAUGAAAUACAUCUUCCUUGGAAGUUAUAAAUAGUCAGGAUUCCUGCCAGUGGGUUGGUGCACAUAUUUACAGCUUUGCUCUGAGGAAUUGCUGUCAAUUUGCAGUUUCACUUUUCAUCCUCUCUUCUUGAUGUCUCUGUUUCAACUGAAUGUCCGCAAUAUGAUUUUUUUUUUUUUUUUAAUUCUUCAGAAAGUCACACUUGCUUUUGUGGAAUUAAACCGUAUUAAAUGACACAAUGCA